CGGGCCGGAGCUGCUGCGGAGCCCUAGGAGUGAGCGCUCGGCUGCUUCCCCGAGUCCGGUCCUCGCUGUCCACGUCCUCGGCCCUCGCCCGCCCGCCCGCCCGCCGCGCCAUGCCCGCCGUGGACAAGCUCCUGCUGGAGGAGGCCUUGCAGGACAGCCCCCAGACCCGCUCCUUGCUGAGUGUCUUUGAGGAGGACGCUGGCACGCUCACCAUCUACACCAACCAGCUGCUGCAGGCCAUGCAGCGAGUGUACGGGGCCCAGAAUGAAAUGUGCCUGGCUACCCAGCAGCUUUCCAGGCAGCUGCUGGCAUACGAGAAGCAGAAUUUUGCCCUUGGCAAAGGCGACGAAGAAGUCAUUUCGACACUCCACUACUUCUCCAAGGUGGUGGACGAGCUUAAUGCGCUCCACACAGAGCUGGCCAAGCAGCUGGCAGACACCAUGGUGCUGCCCGUCAUCCAGUUCCGGGAGAAGGACCUCACAGAAAUAAGCACUCUGAAGGAUCUCUUUGGACUUGCCAGCAACGACCAUGACCUCGCGAUGGCCAAAUACAGCAGGCUUUCCAAAAAGAAGGAGAACGAGAAGGUGAAGGCCGAGGUGCGGAAGGACGUGGCGGCUGCGCGGCGCAAGCAGCACCUGUCGGCGCUGCAGUACUACUGCGCCCUCAACGCGCUGCAGUACCGGAAGCGGAUGGCUAUGAUGGAGCCCAUGAUCGGCUUCGCCCAGGGGCAGAUUAACUUCUUUAAGAAGGGAGCAGAAAUGUUUUCAAGAAGUAUGGACAGCUUCCUCGGCACUGGGGCGGACAUGGUUCAAAGCAUCCAGGUGGAGCUGGAAGCGGAAGCAGAGAAGAUGCGCAUGUCCCAGCAGGAGCUGCUCUCUGUGGACGAGUCCGUGUAUACCCCAGACUUGGACGUGGCUGCCCCUGAGAUCAACCGGAACCUCAUCCAGAAGGCUGGCUACCUGAACCUGAGAAACAAAACAGGGCUGGUGAGCACCAGCUGGGAGCGGCUCUACUUCUUCACCCAGGGCGGGAACCUGCUGUGCCAGCCCCGGGGCGCUGUGGCCGGCGGGCUCAUCCAGGACCUGGACAACUGCUCCGUGAUGGCAGUGGACUGCGAGGACCGGCGCUACUGCUUCCAGAUCACGGCUCCCGACGGGAAAUCGGGGAUAAUCCUCCAGGCAGAGAGCAGGAAGGAGAAUGAGGAGUGGAUCUGCACCAUCAACAACAUCUCCAGGCAGAUCUACCUGACUGACGACCCUGAGGCCGUGGCCAUCCGGCUGAACCAAACGGCACUGCAGGCAGUGACUCCCAUUACGAGCCUGGGGAAAAAACAGGAGAGCUCCAGCCCCAGCCAGAACCCCAAGAGCUCGGAGCUGGAGAACGACAGGGCCGGGCCCCCAGCUGCAGCCGCGGUUCCCGAGCCCGAGGAGCUCAUCGCCCCUGGGACACCGAUUCAGUUCGACAUUGUACUUCCAGCCACAGAAUUCCUGGAUCAGAACAGGGGCGGCAGGCGGACCAACCCUUUUGGCGAAAGUGAGGAUGACACCUUCCCGGAGGCAGAAGAUUCACUUCUGCAACAGAUGUUCAUAGUUCGGUUUUUGGGGUCAAUGGCGGUGAAGACGGACAGCAGCACAGAAGUGAUUUACGAAGCCAUGAGGCAAGUGCUGGCUGCACGAGCCAUUCACAACAUCUUCCGGAUGACCGAGUCCCACCUGAUGGUCACCAGUCAGGCUCUGAGGUUGAUAGAUCCUCAGACCCAGGUGUCCAGGGCCAACUUUGAACUCUCCAGUGUCACCCAGUUCGCUGCCCAUCAGGAAAACAAGAGACUGUUUGGCUUUGUCACCCGAGUCCCCGAGUCCCUGGGAGAAGCGUCUCUGAGCACGUACAUUUUUGAAAGCAACUCCGACGGCGAAAAGAUAUGUUAUGCUAUUAAUUUGGGAAAAGAAAUUAUUGAAGCUCAGAAGGAUCCGGAGGCUCUGGCCCGACUAAUGCUGUCUGUGCCGCUAACCGCUGACGGGAAGUACAUGCUGCUCAGCGACCCCGCGGAGGACAGCGCCGCAGGCCCGAGCGCCGGCGGAGGCGCCGAGUCCGAGGCCUGACUCCUGCUCAAGGGUUUCCGCUUCUCUGCCGCGCAGGCGCACGACCCGGUGUCCGGAUGCUGACCCGAUGUCCCCUCGGCGCCUUCGUCAGAGACCUGGCAGGCGCAGGACGCGGUGCCUCGGGCGCCCGGGGCUGCACCGCGCCGCAGCGGAAGCCGGUGGAAGGCGCUGCGCCCUCUCCCCGGAGGCCGUCGCCCCGCUCCUGGUGUCAUUUUUUUAAGAGUGGCAAAGCCCUAGAUUUACAAUUUGAUAAAUACUAAGUGUUUCCUAUUAAUAUAAUCUAUUUUUGUAUGUUACCUAACGAGCUUUUUAAGUGCCUGUUCUGGAAAGUGUGUACGCAACACCAGCUCGCCGCGCAGGCCCGGGGUCACAGCCUCGCGCAGCCGGCCCGGCGCGGGUCCCCACCAACGCGACUGCACGCGACUGCACGGGCGCCUUCCUCUUCUGAGCCAGACCCUGCUCCACACCCACUGGAAGCAGGGCGCGGCGCGGGGCACUUCCAGUUUCCACUGGGAUCAUCUUAUUCCUGGAACCUGGCGACCCUCCCUUGAGGUUAAGAAUAAAGAUCUUGAACUGUGCGUGGUGUUUAACCGUAACAAGUGCAAGAGACUAUCAUAGCCCUGAAUAAAUUAACGUAGCCAUGAA